AUGUCAGAGCUAAAUAUAUAUGGAAAUCCUAUAUCCUCCCACACCUUAUAUCUUUUAAACAAAUUGAUUAUUACUGUACAGGUAGUAUUACAGAGACCUGACCGGCCAGGCCAGGACAAACCUGACCCUGGUAAACUUCACCUUCAAACUAUUCAUGUAAUACAGCUGGUAGCUCUCAUCAGUAUUCUUCUAGCUCUGGUUGUUUUGCUGGUUUCAAUACGUAAAGAAUUAACAAGACUCCAUGUUCAUCUUCGUAGAAUUGUCAACAACCUUCCUGCAACACUAUCAUUGAUCCAUUCACGGUCUACCCCGCCACAACCUCAAAGUAAUGAAAGUGCCGAUUUUGCCGCAUGGUUGGAACAAAACCAGUUUCCAAAAGAAAAUGGCCGCCAGAGCGUGGGUGCACCUGGCCCAGGACUCGCGGUCAAAAACCGUUUAGAAAGCCGUGACUGGUCUGCAAAUGGACCAAAACAUUAUAUGAGCAGAAGCAUGAGUAGUUGUAUACCACGCCUUAGUGAGAUAGAAGUGGUAGAGGAGACAUUUCUUCUCACUGAUAUGAAAUAAUAUCUUUAAAACCAUCCCUGUUAAAAUAUCGUCCCAUGGGUACUCUAAAAGUGACAGUGCAAGCCAUCUAUCUUUGUAUUUGACAAGAUUGCUUUUAUAAUAUCCAUUAUGCAUUUUAAGUAUACUUUCAUUUUAUAAUCAUGAUAAAAAUUUAAAAGAUUCGCAAAACUGGGACGUUUCAAAAGAAGAUGUUUAUAUUAGCAUGCAUAAACUAAACUAUACCACAGUUCUUAUGUUCAUCCUAAUAAAUAUGUACCCUCUUUUAUUUUCCUAACACAAGAGCUCUGUUUUAUAUUCCUAACACAGACUGAGCGUUUGUCCUGUUAUUUAGUGUAAUUGUAUAUUUUGAUUGCAACGUAAUAUAAUCAAAAACCUGAUCCAAGUUCCAUUGAGAAAAGUAUGGUUGGGGAGGGGGGGGGGAAAGUAUGAAGGUUUCUUCAAAUAUAUCAAUAAAUCUAUUAUCAGGGAAAAGGCCAGCAUAAAGUAACUUAUGACUUGCCACAAGCUCUAAAUUUCUUAUCUUCAUAUUCUGAAACCUGAUGAUUGUGUAAACCAGGCUUUGAAAUGUCAAAUUUUUAAUGUUUGCAUGCAGAAUUCAUAGUUUUAAC